AACGACCAGUCAUCAGCUUCGCAUCAAAAAACCAAAACAAAAGCAAAUGAAAAUCUGGUGAUCAUCAUCUUCAAUUUCAUGAAAUAAAUGCAAUUCCAAGCGAGAAACAGAAAGGAACACUUACUCCUCGUUUCACCAUGCUCGCUAAGUUAUUUCACAAAAACACCGACGAUCAGCCACCGUCAUCGGCAGCGGCUGCUCAGAUUUUGAGACCUGAAGAUAUAAAUCCACGUAUUGAUGUUCACUAUGGGAUUCCUGCCACUGCUUCUAUUAUAGCUUUUGAUCCUGUUCAAAGCCUUUUGGCUGUUGGAACUCUAGAUGGUAGGAUAAAAGUGAUUGGUGGUGAUAACAUUGAAGGGCUUCUUGUGUAUCGUAAGCAAAUACCUUUUAAGAACUUGGAGUUCCUACAAAACCAAGGUUUCCUAGCCAGCAUCACUGCUGAAAAUGAGAUUCUGGUGUGGGAUUUAGAGCAAAGGCUACUGGUUUCUACUUUGCGAUGGGAGUCAAAUAUAACAGCAUUCUCUGUUAUUUGUGGCCUGAGUUACAUGUAUGUCGGAGACGAGUAUGGGAUGGUGUCUGUGUUAAAAUAUGAUGCUGAAGCCGCAAAAGUUGUACUACUUCCAUAUUAUGUUCCUGCAGAUUCAAUAGCUGAAGCAUCUGGGAUGUCCUCCCCUAAUCAUCACUCUGUUGUUGGACUUCUCCCUCAACCUGCAUCUCGAGGAAAUAGGUUGUUGAUUGCAUAUGAUGAUGGAUUGAUUAUUCUCUGGGAUGUUUCUGAAGAUAAAGUUAUUCUAGUUAAAGGCAAUAAAGAUCUUCAAUUGAAGAGUAAAACACUGGCUGGUUUUCACAAAGGCAUGGGAAAUAACCUUUCUGAUGAUAUAUCAGAAUAUGAAAGGGUGGAGAAAGAAAUAAGCUCUCUGUGUUGGGCAUCUACUGAUGGCUCUGUUCUGGCUGUUGUUCUGGCUGUUGGUUAUGUUGAUGGAGAUAUAAUGUUGUGGAACCUAUCAGCUACUGCUUCUGCAGAUGAGAAAGCUGAAAAUUUAUCAAAGGAUGUUGUUAAGUUGCAAUUAUCUUCAGCCGACAGAAGACUCCCAGUUAUUAUUUUGCAUUGGUCUGGAAAAGGUUCAAGUGAUGAUUGUCGUGGUCAACUUUUUAUAUAUGGUGGAGAUGCAAUUGGGUCUGAAGAGGUUCUAACGAUAAUAAGCAUUGAUUGGUCUUCUGGGAUAGAAACCAUUGAGUGCAUUGGGCGCAUAGAUCUUACUCUUAAUGGUUCUUUUGCUGAUAUGGUUUUAUUACCAAGUGAUGGUGUUAGCAAAACCAAAGGCACCUUAAUAUUGACAAAUCCCGGACAGCUGCAUUUCUAUGAUGGUGCUUGCUUAGCUUCCUUAAUGUCCCAGCAACAGAAACAAAAUUCUGUUUCUUCAGUGCAGUAUCCCAUGGUCGUACCAAUUGCUGAACCAUACAUGACUGUGGGAAAGCUGGGUUUGGUAAAUGGAGUUGGGCAGUUCUCAAAGGCUCUUUUUAAGGUAGCACAUACACCAAGAAUUAUGGAUUGGCCUUUGACUGGUGGUGUUCGUAGCCAGCCUCUUGAUGCUGAAAAUUAUCAGGUUGAGAGAGUAUAUGUAGCAGGUUACCAGGAUGGAUCUGUCGGAAUAUGGGAUGCCACACUUCCAAUUUUUCCACUUGUUUAUGUUUUGGGGCCUGAGGUGAAAGGUAUCAAUAUCGAUGGUGCAAGUGCAUCAGUAUCUACAUUGGAAUUAUGCUCGUUCACUUUGACUUUAGCUGUUGGCAAUGAACUUGGUAUGGUUCAUCUAUAUAAGCUCACGGGGAGUGCAAAUGAGACAAGUUUGCACAUUGUCAAAGAAACUGAAAAGGAAGUCCACACUUUGCACCAAGGGGAUGGGCCUCAAUGCACAGCUGUCUUUUCCUUCCUCAAUUCUCCUAUAUGCACCUUACUGUUUGCAAGUUUUGGAACUAGACUUGCUGUGGGAUUUCAAUGUGGCACGGUGGCAAUGCUUGAUUUUAAGUACAUUGUCCAGUGGUUAUUUCUUACUGACACUGUACCCAACUCUAGGCAGCCUAUUAAGUCUCUGGCUAUGAAAUCGUUUUCCAAUACUGUCAGUUGGUAAUAAGUAAUUCAGAGGGAACGUUGAAUCAAAAGUAAGGCAGAUCAUAAUGAAGUCAGAAGUGUUCAUUAUGGACCGAAAAUGGCACAUAUUGUUGUUCUAGAUGACAAUACUGGCAGGAUAAAAAUGCUUAAUCUCCGGAAGUACGUUCACUUAAACUUGACGGUGAAAACCUCUGCCAAAAACAAGCCUAUUCCCAGGCAGAAACAUAGAGAAUUUUUCUUCUUCUGGUUUGUUAUGAUGAGGAUGCCAUUGACACUUAACUCUAUGAAAUCUCUGAAGGAGGGCGAUAGGAAUCCCAUUCACAAGGUGGACCUUUUGAAACAAUGUUGUUGGACUACAACCUUCAAGAAGGAUGAAAAAGAGUGUGGGCUCAUUCUCUUGUAUCAGACCGGAGUGAUUGAAAUAAGGUCUCUGUCAGAUCUUGAAGUGGUGGGAGAAAGCUCUUUAAUGUCAAUUCUGAGGUGGAACUUUAAGACUAACAUGGAUAAGACAAUAUGUUCAAGUGAUACCGCACAAAUAAUGCUGGUAAAUGCAUGUGAAUUUGCUUCUGUUUCUCUUCUGGGCACUGAAAAUAGCUUCAGGAUUCCAGAGUCAUUACCUUGCCUUCAUGAUAAAGUCCUUGCUGCUGCUGUUGAUGCCACUGUCAGCUUAUGUCCUACUCACAAGAAAACAGAGGGUGUUUCCUCUGGUAUUUUGGGGGGUUUCAUUAAGGGCCUGCAAAUGGGCAACGUGCAGCACAGUGCAGAUCCUCCUGAAGUUUGUAAGGAUACCUUUGCGCAUUUAGAGAGCAUAUUUUCCUAUCCCCCAUUCUUAAAGCCUUCAAUGGACUUCUCAGAUGACCAGAAAGUUUCGGAUCUAAGCAUAGAUGACAUUGAUUUUGAUGAGCCUCUUGUUGUCUUGCCCUCAUCAGAGGCAAAUAAGAAAGAUACAAAAUCUAAAGGAACAGAAAAGGAAAGAUUAUUUGAGGGUGCAUCUUCUGAUUCAGAGCCAAGACUUAGAACAGCUGAAGAAAUUAAAGCUAAAUAUAGGAAGGAGGAUACUGCUGCUGCAGCUGCACAAGCGAAGGACAAGCUUGUAGAACGCCAGGAAAAGCUUCAGAGGCUCAGCCAGCGAACCGAAGAGCUGCAAAGCGGGGCUGAAAACUUUGCAUCAAUGGCACAAGAACUUGCAAAACAAAUGGAGAAACGUAAAUGGUGGAACAUAUAAUGGUGCUUUGGUACCUAAUCAGUAAUCAUCCUCACUUUCCCAGAAACAGGUACUCAUUGAAAAGUCUUCUAUGGUCAUAUAUCCUCAAGGAUCUAUAAGGCCUUUGGAGAGUAAUAUACCCAAAGAUUAUAAUAAUGUUUUCUUUAUGGGUAUUUUAUUAUAUUUAUAUACCAUUUAUGGAUAUCAUGACUGGUCAAAGUAACUAAUGAUCAAUAAUUCAAUGCAUGUAAAUUGAUCUUUCUCGUUUUUUCAUUUGGAUGGGGAGACCAACACAGUUUGCUUGUAACAAAAAUUGUAUUCUUUACCUAAAUUGAUUAAUAAAAUUAUUUUCUCCCCCACA